GCCACGACAUCAUAGAAGAAGAAAAAUAAGUGUCGUCACAACUAACGCGACCCUGACCGGAAGUUUUGUACUAAAAGUGGAAACAGCCGCAUCACAGGCACAAUGAAUACUCGUGGACUACGAUCACAGCUUAAGGACAGUGUACCGGUGAUGGGCAUGGGUCAACACAUUGGGGCUUAUGGCGUUCAGGACACACUCAGGAGCGGGUUCAGCAGUGUGAAAAAUGAGCUGCUCCCCAGCCAUGUGCUGGAGCUGUCAGAAAAGAAUUUUCAGCUGAACCAGGACAAGAUGAACUUCUCCACCCUCAGAAACAUCCAGGGCCUCCACGCUCCCCUGAAACUGCAGAUGGAGUACAGGGCCGCCAGACAGAUCCAGCGCCUUCCGUUCCUGCAAAGCUCACACCUGGCCCUGGACACUCUCAAAGGGAACGAUGAGAGCAUCAGCUUUGAGGACAUCCUCAACGACCCAGCCCAAAGUGAGAUGGUGGGUGAGCCCCACAUCAUGGUGGAGUAUAAGCUGGGCCUGAUGUGAGAGCCGUCAGACCCCCGGAUGUUUGUGUUUACCCUCUGUUCACUUCCUCAUAUGAGACAGCACUCAAGACUUUCGUAUCGUUGGAUUCCUUUGUUUCUAAUAAAUCCUAUAACUCAACAAUGUUGUUGAUCUAUUACA